CGCGGCGGUUUGCUGGUUGCCAUGGUGACCCCCCAUGGCAGCCGCUGCGGAACCGCGGAGCCUUUGGGAGUUGAUCUGCGCAGAGUAUGAAGCAGAGCAGCCUGCUUUUCCAGGUCUUUCUGAAGCAAAACGAGACUCUGUUUCUUCAGAUACUGGAAUUUUGCAGCCUUUCUGUACAGAGGAGUUUUAUUCAGCUUCUUUCGAUUCUACUGUUACCCCAAAAAAAGUUUUCUUAUCCACACUAGCACCUCCUCCAGAACCACCUGAUCCAAAAACAUGUUCUCCAAGAGAAUACUUAGAAUAUUAUAUAUUUCCAAUACUUUUACCAGGAAUGGCUGAACUGCUACAUCGAGCAAGGAAGGAAAAGUGUUUUGAGAGAAAAAGGACCAAAUUUAUUGCCUGUGAUUUCCUGACUGAGUGGUUAUACAAUCAAAACACAAAGAGGAAAGAUGAACCAUUCACAGAAUUCUUCUCUAUCCCGUUUGUGAAGGACUGGCUAAAAGACCAUCCUAGACCACCCAUUCCUCUCUCUCUCCUGUUAUCAGAAGAAGAAGCAAGCAAAAUAAUUCAGUCAUUCUGGAGAGGUUAUCGGGUCCGCUGUAAUGCUGAAGUUCAAGAAUUGCGUCAAUGGCAAAAGCAGCUGAGAGAGGAUAAGAACAUUUUAAAAAGAGUACAAGAAUUCUGGGCUAAACAGGAAGUCAAAGUGGGAAGCAAAUUAGAAGACUUGGAAGAACCUACACCAAAUCAUUCAGGAAUUUCAAUUUUAGCUCUUUCCUCAACACCACAAAACACACAGAUCAUGGAUUGAAUUCCUAAUAGGUUUAUUUGAUCUAGAAUUUCUCCAAGGGUUACAGUUAGUUUAAUAUGUGAGAUGAUGUACAUCAAAAAUCGAUUGCACAAGGACCUGGUUCUGCAGUAAUUCAUCAUUGCCUGGGUAAAAUUCAGCCCUGCUGUAAAGGAACACAACGCUAUUAAAAUCAGUGGAAUUAGGCCCAUUUAUAAAGGGCUGAGCUUGGCCAAACGCUUCAUGUCCAAUCCUGAGGACUCAGGCAGAAGUUAAUCUGAUGGACAGAAAACUCCAACUGCAAUAAAUGGUGAUUAUGCCCCUACAAGGUCUAAGGCAGAUGAUAACAAUGGGGCAACUCUUCAGCUGGUAUAAUUUAGAAUUGCACCACUGCCUUCAGUGCUUUGAUAGUUUAUGCCAGUUUAAGAUCUGCCCUUACAGAAAGAAACAGCAUGUACUCACAGCUGUGAUUAUGAAAAACAGCUGAAGUCCUUUGUGUCAUCACCCAUACAAAGCAACCGCAAAAUGCCAGGAGGUCAAAAUGAUGGCAUUGUGCACCCAUUUUGCAUGAGUAUAAGUAAUUAAGGAAGGUGUAAGAAAAUGGGAAACCAGGCCCUGAGUACACGUAUCUCAAUUUAUCUCACUAUGUAGGUCCCAUGGAGCACUGUCAUAAUUGAGUUUUUGCACAGAGAUGAAUUUCAUAAAAUUAUUAGUGGGCCUGCUAAAGCUAUCUCUUAAGUCUGACAAAAGUCUCACUGACUUAAAGGAAAGCAAGAUUAGGCCUGAUAAAAACUGGUAAAUGGUUUGGUCUACACUACAAAGCUUUGCAGCAUAUGUCAACCAGGAGUGUAGAAAGAUCAUACCUGCCACCAAAGGCAGCUAUGUCAGCAAAGCCUCUGACAUGGCCAGAGUCAUGCAGAUGUGCACCGCUGGCACAGCUAUAGCAGUGGUGGCUCUGUAAUGGAGGCAAAUCCAUAGUCCAAACUAGUAUUUAUACCAUUUCACUCAAUGGUGCAAGUACAGCAGGUGAUCUACAGAAUAACCAUCUCUUCCCUGUUAAUAGGUUAGAGGGUAUGUAAAGGUUAAGGUCAACUGUUGCACCAAAAGGCCACAAAUCUUGUAAGUAAAUAGUAAAGCUUUUAUUUUUGUUAAGAACAGCAUUUUGAAAAUAAAACAUUUGCCCAUGCUUUACAACCUUUUUAAUUUUGUAUACUUAUGUACAGUCAUUAUGGUACAUGUUGAUUGUCUUGAAAAUCCUUUUAAAGAUGUACUUAAUACGAUACCAGUCUGCAACAGUCAGCGGAAAAAAGGGUACGUUAUAAAACACACAUUAAUACAUUUAAUAAAUAUAUAUAUAUUAUCUAUCAAAAAUGAGCCUUUGCUCUCAUCAGUUAAUAAAAAGCACCUGCUUUGUAAUCCUGUAAGCUGGUAGAAUAGUCCAGUUGUUUUAUAAUAAAAGCUACAAUGCUCCCCUUUACACAGCCUUUAGUUAAACCCAAGGCAUCAAGCUCAAACAGCCAAUCAAGAUGCCUGUGCAAUACUAAAUACAGAAAUAGCUAGUUCUAUAAUAGUUAGUGUACCUUGUGUGUAGAAACAAGGGUACGUAUUUAGGGUUCCAUCCUGCAAGAUGCUCUACAUCUAGGAGGUGCUGUGCACCCUUGACUCCCAUUAAUCAGGAUUGGACCCUUAAUGUAUGGCUCUAUAACAGGGGCUGGCAGGCAGCCUAUGGCCUGUGGAGCCAUUUGAUUUGGCAGCAAUAGCUCUCCCUGUGCUACUGCAGGGAAAAGCGAUGGUGGGAGGUGGA